CAAAUAUACACAACGUUUCAACUUUACCACUACAAAGUGCACUCAACACUGUCCAUAAUCCGAAAGAGAUGAAAACUCACGAACGCAUUUUGAUAUUCUUAAUUUUUAUCGGAAUAUUUAAAAUAUUAUUGGAGCAAAUUCAAGUUACAGAACUUACUAAGUAUUAUAUAGACAAGAAAGUACUCCCUGCAUACCAAAGCAUAUUUGGCUCUAGGAAAUCUUCGCCACUGUUAAUACUAUUUACUACAUGGACUGCAACAAAAGACAAAUAUUUGUGUCAUAACAAUACAGUUAAGAACUGGAAAUAUUUGUCACCCUUUGUAACACCCGUUUUGUUUUCGGAUGAGGAGUUGGUAAGGGACGAAGCUGAAUCAAAAGGAUGGAGAGUUCUGCCUGUAAGAAAUUCUUCUAUCGGCUUGCCGAUUCUAAAAUAUAUGUACAUGGAAAUUCAAAAAUCUUUCUCAUCUCCAUUUAUAGCUUAUUCAAAUUCAGACCUCCUUUUCACAGAUUCAAUAAUUAAAACUUUAAAUGUUAUUUCGCAAAGUAAUUUAUCAAAAAAUAAUGAAUUAUUGCUGACUGGAAGAAGAACAAAUGUUGUCAAUGUGACAUCAAUUGAAGCAUCGUCUGCUAAAAAUAUUCUGAAAGCCUCCAAAAGAGGAGAGCUAUAUGAUGGGGAUGCACUCGAUUAUUUCAUAACAACGAGUGGGUAUCCUUGGAAGGACGCACCUGAUUUAGUUGUUGGACGACCUGGAUUUGAUAACUGGAUUGUGGCAAAUGCAAGAUUGAUGAAUUUUUCAGUUAUAGAUACGACCGAAACAAUUAUUGCGGUUCAUCAAACGACAGAAGCCGGAAAUAAAGAAGCCCACCAACAACACAAUGUAUCAUAUAAUAUAGAGUUACAGAAAAAAUUUAAUGAACGACUCAGAUAUAAUCUGGGUGUAACAAGUUGUAUGAAAUACAAAACUGUCUAUUCUAAAAACGGUUUUGUAAAACUUGUGGAACAGGCUAUCAAUCAAAGCUGCUUUCCAAUUCUAUUGACCGACUCAAUGAUAGAAAUGGCCAAGAAAAUCAACAGAUUGAGAAAAGAACAACAAGAACAUAGUAGAAAUAAGACACAAACUGUUAAGUAAAAAGAAAUAGGUAAAUCGAGGAGUUAGAUAUAGCUACAAAGAGAGAUAU